GAAAGCGACACCAGACGUGUGUCCUGCCAUGAAAGGAGGAUUUGAAAGGAACUAGCGGAGAGAUUGGAGCGGACUAAAGCAGGAGGAAUACGUUUGAAUCCACGAGGAGGCGUCUGAUGGAUACCUGUGUGACCUUCUGAAAGGUGUGCGCUUUGAAGACUUUCCAGCUGAUCCCAAUCGAGACUGCUUCAUUCGGGUCGACCAGAGUCGCUUUUGCUCAGUGGAAGAUGACAGACAGACCAAAAUGGUGGAAGGCCUUCCUGCCCAAGAAGAAGCCAGGGGCCAAGGAGCCAUCCUUCCCCGAUUUUGACCCCUUUGCGCAGAACGAUAAGAGCAAAGAAACGAAGAGCGCCAGCGAGCAGGUCCCGCCCCAGUCCCAGCCGCAUGAUUCCGACAACAACUCCUGCAUGUUAAGCGACGAGACCUACGACGACUCCAUCAUCCCCACCUACUUCGACGAGCAGACGUGCCGCAGAAACUUUUUCGUGUCUCGCUCGGGCCGCUUCAGGCAGAGGAAGAAGGUGCGCUCCACCCUGCCCGUGGAGGACCCGGAGAAUGUGGCGCAGGCCAAAGAAGAAUGGAGGUGAUGGAAGGCUGACAAAAUGACUGCACAGAGGAGGGAAGACAAGGCGACGCCACCUCCUUGAAGAUGAAGGACGAGCGCGGAGGCGGCACGUUCACAGGAUGAGGGAGUGUGGGAUUUUUUAGUUUGAGCCCCUACGUUAUGUAAAAUACUGAUAUUUGUUUCAUGAAGGACACGCCUUCUGCGGCCUUCAGGGAUUUCUCUUGUCGACUUAGGAAACGGAUCUAAAAAGACUUGACAAGGACAGUGGGAAGGGGAUUCAUAUGGCCUCAUUCGUCACAGUUUACCUGACACAUGAAGCGUGGCACUGUCCACUUUAGCCGCCAGAUGGCAGUCGAGUGUUGAAUAUCUUUGACCACAGCGUCAGUUGCUAUGAGGAGUGGCGCUUUCCAUCAUUUUCAGCAGACUGCAUUGCAAAAUGGUUAACCAUCCCCCUCUUCCUCUUACGCGAGAUCCACCCAGGAAUUGGGCCAUAUGAAACCCUUCCCUACUGAAAAUUUUUUUUUUUUUUGAUGAAGGAUGAACAUUCAGCAUGUUUUUUACGGAGCUAUGAAGAUUGCGGACAAUGAAGUUAACCACUGAUGUUGAGUCAAAGUGAAAAAGGGACAUUUUACAGUUAAAAAUGGCAAAUUAGUCGCCAGAAUUUUAUCGUAACUUAACACUGCAUUCCUGUAAAUCCAAUAACGGCACCAUUGUUAUUUUUACGGUAAAAUUAUCCCUUUUUUUCACCAUAAAAUCUCUGGUCAUUGAUUUUACAGUGCAUUACAGUAAAUGAUAAAA